AUGAGCAAGAAGAGACAUUCAGAGGAUUCAGCUGAUCAGAAACAGCAAUCAAAUAAGAAGAUGAGAGAAACAAAUAUUAAUAAUACAGUUGAGGAUAAUAACAACAAUAACAACGACAAUAAUACCUCAACAUCAUCAACAACAUCAACAUCAUCAACUAAUAAUAAUAAUAAUAUUGAGAACCCAUCGAUCAAUCCUUUAACUGGCAAGCCAUAUUCAAAGAGAUACUAUGAUAUAUUGGAGGUUAGAAAGAAGCUACCCGUCUGGGAACAAAAGGAGGAGUUCUGCACCAAGCUCAGAGAGUCUCAAGUGCUCAUCUUGGUCGGUGAGACUGGUUCAGGAAAGACUACACAGAUCCCACAAUUCGUAAAUGAUGCAGGCUUGGUCAAGCCUGGAACAAUGGUGGCUGUCACUCAACCUCGUAGGGUGGCCGCACUUUCAGUCGCCAAGCGUGUGGCUGAGGAGAUGGAUGUUGAACUCGGACAGGAGGUCGGUUAUUCGAUCCGUUUCGAGGAACUCUCCUCGCCAAAGACAUUCAUGAAGUAUUUGACCGAUGGUAUGCUGCUGAGAGAAUCGAUGAACGACCCAAUGCUCAAGAGAUACAGUGUGAUCAUUCUGGAUGAGGCGCAUGAGAGGACACUGUCCACCGAUAUCCUGUUUGGUCUGAUCAAGGACAUCAUCAAGAGACGUCCAGACCUCAAGCUCGUGGUCAUGUCUGCCACGCUCGAUGCCAAGAAGUUCCAGGGCUACUUCCUGGACGCGCCAUUGAUGAAGGUGCCGGGCCGUCUGCACCCCGUCGAGAUUUACUACACACAGGAACCAGAGAGCGACUACCUGGACGCGGCCGUCAGGACCGUGCUGUCCAUCCACCAGGACGAGGGUCCGGGCGACAUCCUCGUCUUCCUCACGGGAGAGGACGAGAUUGAAGAGACAUGCAAUCGAGUGCAGCGCGAAGCCAGACAACAGCAGAUGAAGCCGAUCACCUGUCUGCCUCUCUACUCGUCGUUGCCAAUGCAGCAGCAGUCCAAGAUCUUUGACCUGUCACCACACCGCAAGUGCAUCUUCUCGACCAACAUUGCCGAGACUUCGCUGACAAUCGACGGUAUCGUCUACGUGGUGGACCCUGGCUUCUCCAAGCAAAAGACAUACAACCCUCGCUCGCGAAUCGAGUCACUGCUCGUGUCGCCCAUCUCCAAGGCGAGCGCCAAGCAGCGCGCUGGUCGUGCCGGUCGUACGCGCCCCGGAAAGUGCUUCCGUUUGUACACUGAGCAGGCCUUCACCAAGGACCUGCCCAACCAGACACCACCAGAGAUCCUGCGUUCCAACCUGUCCAGCGUCAUCCUGCAGCUCAGGAAGCUGGGCGUGGAGGACCUUGUUCACUUUGACUUUAUGGACCCACCCGCACCCGAAACCCUGAUGCGUGCGCUCGAAGUCCUUCACUAUCUUGGCGCGCUCAAUGAUGAGGGCGAGCUGACAGAGGAUGGCAGCAAGAUGGCUGAGUUCCCGCUGGACCCACAACUUUCCAAGAUCCUAGUGACGAGCCCGCGACACAAGUGUUCCAACGAGAUCCUCACGAUCGCCGCCAUGCUCUCUGUGCCCAACGUAUUCCAUCGACCAAAGGACAACAGACGCGAGGCAGAUCAAUGCAAGAAGAAGUUUGAACACAUCGACGGCGACCACCUCACACUGCUCAACGUCUACCACACAUUCAAGCAGGAGCACGAGGACGCCACAUUUUGCUACAACAACUACCUGAACCACCGCGCGAUCAAGCAGGCCAGCAAGGUUCGCGACCAGCUCGCCAGGAUCAUGACGCGAUUCAACCUGCCUCUGGUGAGCGGUGACGUCAACGCCAGAGACUACUACAUCAACAUUCGCAAGUGCAUCGUGUCUGGUUUCUUCAUGCAAAUAGGCCGUCUGGAGAAGAAGAACGAGUACUUCACGCUGGGCGACGAGCAAAAGGUGCUGUUGCAUCCAUCGUGCGGUCUGGAACGCCGUCCAGACUGGGUGCUGUACAAUGAGCUGGUGCUCACCAGCACAAACUACAUCCGAACCGUUAUCGACGUCAAGUUUGAUUGGCUCAAUGAACUGGCGCCACACUACAUUCAAUCAUUGACAGUUGGUGAUGUGCCACCAAAGACCAAAGACACUGUUAGCAAGGCAUUGCGAUAUUCCAAUUCAGGCAGAAAGUGA